AUGGCGACUUGUUUAUGGACCCCUCAGUAUCGAAUUACUUCCCCCCACUCUGAUCGCUUUCGGAUCUGCAAUUUCCGUCAACCAAUUCUACUCCCCGUUGGUAGAAAUCGUAAUUAUACACACUGCGCCAGCAUACGUUGCGGCUCCAACAACAACAGCACGAAUAAUCAAACCGAAACAACUGGUAUUCAGCUUUACAGAGAUAUUGAGAGAGUACUUACAGAGACGGUAAAGCAAUUUCAAGAUGGAGGUAAUUCAGGAGACUGGAAUGAAAUUGAGGGAGCAUGGGUUUUGAGACCAAGCAACUCCAAAUUGAGGUCAAUUGUACAUUUUGUUGGGGGCAUAUUUGUUGGGGCUGCACCACAACUAACCUACCGCUUGUUCCUGGAACGCCUUGCGGAUAGGGGUAUAUUGGUUAUUGCCACACCUUAUGCGGGGGGUUUCGAUCACUUCCUCAUUGCAGAUGAAGUUCAGUUUAAAUUUGAGAGGUGUCUUCGUGUUCUCCAGGAAACAGUAGAGGAUCUUCCUACUUUUGGGAUUGGGCAUUCUCUGGGAUCAGUCAUUCAUCUUCUGAUUGGCUCAAGGUAUGCCGUGCAAAGAAAUGGGAAUGUCUUAAUGGCAUUCAACAACAAGGAAGCCAGUAUAGCCAUUCCAUUAUUCUCUCCUGUUCUUGUCCCAAUGGCCCAAGGUAUUGGACCAUUUCUAUCUCAAUUAGCCUCAUUGCCAACAAUUCGCCUUGGGGCUGAGAUGACUAUGAAACAAUUGGAGAACCUUAGCCCUCCCAUUAUGAAGCAAGCUUUUCCUUUGGUUGAGCAGCUUCCUCCACUAUACAUGGACUUGGUUAAAGGGAGGGAGAAUUUCUCUCCCAGACCAGAAGAAACUCGACGAUUGAUAAGAUCUUACUAUGGUAUCUCAAGGAAUCUGUUAAUAAAGUUCAAAGACGAUACAAUUGAUGAAACUUCAACACUAGCCCAGGUUCUUAGCUCAGAGUCUGCCAUUAGCUCGAUGCUGGAUAUGUCCAUUCGCUUGUUGCCUGGGGAUCAUGGGCUUCCGCUACACCAGGCUCUUCCAGAUGUUCCCCCAGCAAUGGCAGAUGCAGUUAAUCGGGGAGGAGAGUUUUUGGCAACUUUGACUGCAGGGACACCUUGGGAGACAGUUGCGAAGGACGUGGGCGAUAACUUUGGGGUAGACUCAACAAUUUUUCGUGCAGAAAUUUCGAAGGAAAUAGACCUUCUUGUUGAUGAAAUAAGGGUGUUAACCUAUGCCCAAGAAUGCUCGGGGACUCCACAAGGGUCAAAAGCGUCUUUUUGGCCAUUCAUAUGUAGCAAAGAUGAAUUGUUGUUAUAG